AUGGGGGACGAAGACCGGGUACCCACGUCCCCAAUAAAGCCGCGUCCCAGGCCCAGCGAGCAGUGGUUCUUCAGCGCGUGCCGAGAAUUGGGCGGCGGGAGGGGUCCGGAGCGCGGGAGAGGUCCGGAGGGCGGGCUGGAGGCCUCCCUCCCCACACCCCCACCCCGCUCCCGCCCAGGCCCGGGGCACUCCCGCGUCCCCUCCCCCGCGCCCAGCGCCGGUCCUACCGAAACUCGGCGGGCUCGUAGUGUCGAGACGCCCCCCGCGGGGGCCCCGGGACGAGAGGGAGGGCCCCGGAGGUCCAGGAAGAGGGGGAAAGGGAGAAAUUCGAGAAACAAGCCUCUCGGGGAGAACCAGACAAACCGGGUCCGGGCAUGGAGGGCGCAGUCGCCAGGGCGGGGCGGGGUCUGGGGCCCCGGGAAUUGGGGGCGGGCUCUCGGGCCGGAGAGGGCGCUCCGCCUCGGCAGCUCCGGACUCGUGGGGGGGGGGGGGGUGCGGGUAGGGAGCCCUGAGGCCCGUGCGCUUCGGCCCCCCGGGGCUCCUCGUGACGCGGCACCCCGACGGGAGUCCAGCCGGCUAGGCGGGAGCUCCGCCCUCGGCCCCGCCCAGCCCCGAGCCCCAAAUUGCGGCCGGGAACAGCUACAGGUCGCGAAGCCAUGGGGUGGGCAGCCCGAGCGCCGACUGGGGGCGGCCCCGCGCGGCCCGGCCCCGCCCCUCCCGGUCGGUGCCCGCCCCCCUGCGCGCCCCGCCCCCUCCUUCCCCGCAGCCCCCACCCCCCGCCCCGGCUCCUCAACACAAACUUUCCGUCCCGCUCGCUCCCUCCUCCGCGCCCGGCGCCUCCCGCUCCGGCCCGGCUCAUUCCGCACAUUCCGGCCAGCCCCCUCCCCAAGACCCCCCUUCCCCGGCCCCCCUCUCAGCUUUUUCGGGCCCGGCGGAGCGGCCCGGCCGGAGCGCCCCCCCGAGCUCGGACCAGGCUCCGGCUGCCCAGUGGGCUCAGGCCCAGAGCCCAGAGCAACCAGCACAAUAGCGUCCAACAGCUGGAAUGCCAGCAGCAGCCCCGGGGAGGCCCGGGAGGAUGGGCCCGAGGGCCUGGACAAGGGGCUGGACAACGACGCGGAGGGUGUGUGGAGCCCCGACAUCGAGCAGAGCUUCCAGGAGGCCCUGGCCAUCUACCCGCCCUGCGGCCGCCGCAAGAUCAUCCUGUCAGACGAGGGCAAGAUGUACGGUCGAAAUGAGUUGAUUGCGCGCUACAUCAAACUGAGGACGGGGAAGACGCGGACGAGAAAACAGGUGUCCAGCCACAUACAGGUUCUAGCUCGGAAGAAGGUGCGGGAGUACCAGGUUGGCAUCAAGGCCAUGAACCUGGACCAGGUCUCCAAGGACAAAGCCCUCCAGAGCAUGGCAUCCAUGUCAUCCGCCCAGAUUGUCUCCGCCAGCGUCCUACAGAACAAGUUCAGCCCACCCUCCCCUCUGCCCCAGGCCGUCUUCUCCACUUCCUCACGGUUCUGGAGCAGCCCCCCUCUCCUGGGACAGCAGCCUGGACCCUCUCAGGACAUCAAGCCCUUUGCACAACCAGCCUACCCCAUCCAGCCGCCCCUGCCGCCAACGCUCAGCAGUUACGAGCCCCUGACCCCGCUCCCCCCAGCUGCUGCCUCUGUGCCCGUGUGGCAGGACCGCACCAUCGCUUCCUCCCGGCUGCGGCUCCUCGAGUAUUCUGCCUUCAUGGAGGUGCAGCGAGACCCCGACACGUACAGCAAACACCUAUUUGUGCACAUCGGCCAGACGAACCCUGCCUUUUCGGACCCGCCUCUGGAGGCCGUCGACGUGCGUCAGAUCUAUGACAAGUUCCCAGAGAAGAAAGGGGGACUGAAGGAACUGUAUGAGAAGGGGCCCCCUAAUGCCUUCUUCCUUGUCAAGUUCUGGGCCGACCUCAACAGCACCAUCCAGGAGGGCCCAGGAGCCUUCUACGGGGUCAGCUCCCAGUAUAGCUCGGCCGAUAGCAUGACCAUCAGCGUCUCCACCAAGGUGUGCUCCUUUGGCAAGCAAGUGGUGGAGAAGGUGGAGACGGAGUAUGCCAGGCUGGAGAAUGGGCGCUUCGUGUACCGCAUCCACCGCUCCCCCAUGUGCGAGUACAUGAUCAAUUUCAUCCACAAGCUGAAGCACCUGCCGGAGAAGUACAUGAUGAACAGCGUCCUGGAGAACUUCACCAUCCUGCAGGUGGUCACGAGCCGGGACUCCCAGGAGACCCUGCUUGUCAUUGCUUUCGUCUUCGAAGUCUCCACCAGCGAGCACGGGGCCCAGCACCAUGUCUACAAACUCGUCAAAGACUAGGCUACCCUCUGCCCCCACCACCAGGAUCCGGGACGAGCGUCUGUUCCACACACCUGCCUGGCCCCCCCUGGAAGUCUGGGAUUGAGGACUCACCCGCCUGCCAGGCCUCAGGCCCAGGACCCAGGAGGCCUCCCCACCUACCCCCAGCACACACACUCCCUGCCACUGUUCUGCGCUUUAAUUGUGGGAGAAGAGAGGAGGGCUCAGUGGUGGGGCUGCCCGCCCUAGAUGCUGAACCAUCGCCCAGCUCUGCCCAGCCUCCGGUGAACGGGAGGACCCCUUUGGGCUCAGGCACGUGUGGCCGGCAGGGGAGGGUGGAACGGAGACCGAGGGAGUCAGAGUGCAGAGGCCCCAGGAAGGAGAGUGUCGAGUUGGAGUUAGGUUGAGAAGAGAGAGGGGCCCACACUUUCUUGCACCUGCUAUGUGCCAGGCCCGGUGCUAGGUCCUAUGUGUACCCAGUGCCGUUCUCAGACUGCGUGAAGCGAGCACGGGUCGUGGGUCUUGGCGUCUCAUGACGUGCUGAGACUUGAAGUUGAGCGACCCUUGCAGGGUGGGGCAGAGUUGGAAUUCUCAUCCAGGGCUGCCUGUCCCCAGAGCCCAGGUUUACACUACCUCCCUGGAGGGGAUGGGAAAGAGGGUCUGUACUAGGGGCUGGGGCCAUCCACGUUGGGAGCCUCCUCCCAGGGGAGCAGCUGCUUCUGACCAGGCAGGAAGAGAGGAGCAGCAGGUACUUGGCACCUGUUAGGUGCCCUCUGUCAGCCCCUGUGCUGACCUCCUCCAACCUGCCCUGGCCCAGAUCCAGUGCCUGAGCCCGUCAGCAGCUUCCUGAUGGGAGAAGGCCCCCAGGGGCAGACUCCAAAAUAGCUUGGAGCGUCCUGUAGAAAGAUGGAGCCCCAGCCUCAGGGCAGACCAGUGUUCCAGGGACAAGGGGUAGCAGAAAGGCUUUGCUAUUUUUUAAUGCCCAAGACUUGGGUUUGGUCAACCCUUGGUGGGCGCCACUCCCUUAUGUUUUUCUCCAUCUCAGUCUCCCAGGACUGGGACAGCAGCUUCCCAGAAUCAGUUCUGGGACUGAAGGUUAACCCUUCCCCUGCUGGCCCUUCCCAACACCCAGGCCCCUCUGCCAGCUUGGCCUUGUCUACCAGCCGCCUCUGGGCAUUCACGAGUUUCAUAUGAAGUACUGUGCCCCUUCCCUUCCUUACACCACCCGCCCCUGAGCUUUCUGAAGGUCCUCACAAUUUGCAUAUCGCUCAGGCCACUUCCAAACCCAACCUAGGUUUUAUAAUGUAUAUUAUAUUUUUUGUGUAUUUUUUAAAUCCAGCUGUGAUGGGUUAUAUCAUAAACGGGGCGUGGGGCUGGGGUAGGGGCCCUCAAGGCCCAGCUCCUGCUCAAAAAAAAAAAAAAAAAAAAAAAAAUUAAAGUUAUUUGUUUGUGGGUUA